UUCCCCAACUGACAGUUGAGUGUCUGAAAGCAGAGCCGGCUGGCAGACAGAGCUACCGUGGAUUUAACUACCUGCUGCUUUGGAAGCUGAAGGGAGCCGGGGCUUUUAUUUGUGUUUGCUGGAAGCAAAGUGUCCAUUUCCAUUCCACAGACCUGAAUCACACCCACCAAAAUGUCUCGAAAUUCCUACCGAGAUGAUGCAGAGCAAUACCUCUUUGUUGACCGGAACCCUACAAGCGGCACAGCCACACAGGCCGACUGGACAGCAAAACGGCAGGUUUGGGUACCCUCGGAAAAACAUGGGUUCGAAGCAGCCAGCAUAAAGGAGGAGCGUGGGGAGGAGGUCAUAGUGGAGCUGGCGGAAAAUGGCAAGAGGGUGCCCGUGGCAAAGGAUGACAUCCAGAAGAUGAACCCACCCAAAUUUACUAAGGUGGAAGAUAUGGCCGAGCUGACCUGCUUGAAUGAAGCAUCUGUUCUGCAUAAUCUCAAGGACCGAUACUACUCGGGACUUAUUUAUACGUAUUCCGGCCUUUUCUGUGUCGUAAUUAAUCCUUACAAGAAUUUGCCCAUUUACACUGAACAAAUAGUGGAGAUGUACCGAGGGAAGAAACGGCACGAGAUACCCCCACACAUAUACGCAAUAUCAGAGACUGCAUACCGCAGCAUGCUGCAAGAUCGGGAGGAUCAGUCCAUCCUUUGCACUGGAGAAUCAGGUGCCGGCAAGACAGAAAACACAAAGAAAGUCAUCCAGUAUUUGGCUCAUGUGGCUUCUUCACAUAAGGGCCGGAAGGAACACACAGCCCCGAGCUCCAGUAAUACGUUCUACGGAGAGCUAGAGCACCAGCUCCUGCAGGCCAACCCUAUAUUGGAAGCUUUUGGCAAUGCCAAGACUGUGAAAAAUGACAACUCUUCUCGAUUUGGUAAAUUUAUCCGCAUCAAUUUUGAUGUUGCUGGUUACAUCGUUGGAGCCAACAUUGAGACUUAUUUGUUGGAGAAGUCUCGUGCUGUUCGGCAAGCUAAAGAUGAAAGAACAUUCCAUGUUUUUUACCAGCUGCUAGCAGGAGCAGGGGAGCAUGUGAAAACCGACUUGCUUCUGGAGCCCUUCAAUCAGUACCGUUUCUUGUCUAAUGGAAACCUGCCCAUUACUGGACAGCAGGACCGGGACAUCUUUCAAGAGACAAUGGAAUCCAUGAAAAUCAUGGGAUUUAACCAUGAAGAAAUCAUGUCAUUGCUUAAAAUGGUGUCGGCAGUUUUGCAGUUUGGCAAUAUAAUUUUCAGGAAAGAAAGGAAUACAGAUCAAGCGUCAAUGCCAGAUAACACAGCUGCUCAGAAACUUUGCCACCUCUUGGGACUCAAUGUCACAGAGUUUACCCGUGCCAUCCUGAUGCCAAGGAUUAAAGUUGGCCGUGAUUAUGUCCAGAAGGCCCAGACUAAAGAACAGGCGGACUUUGCUGUGGAAGCCCUUGCAAAAGCUCUGUAUGAAAGACUGUUCCGCUGGUUGGUUCACCGCAUUAACAAGGCUCUGGACAGGACCAAAAGGCAAGGCGCCUCUUUCAUAGGCAUCCUGGAUAUUGCUGGCUUUGAAAUCUUUGAGCUGAACUCCUUUGAACAGCUAUGCAUCAAUUACACAAACGAGAAGCUUCAGCAACUGUUCAACCAUACAAUGUUCGUUCUGGAGCAGGAGGAGUAUCAGCGUGAGGGCAUUGAGUGGAACUUUAUUGAUUUUGGACUGGAUCUGCAGCCCUGUAUUGACCUCAUUGAGAGACCGGCAAAUCCUCCGGGUGUCCUGUCCCUGCUGGAUGAGGAGUGCUGGUUCCCCAAAGCCACUGAUAAGAGUUUUGUUGAAAAAGUUAUCCAAGAAUUGGGGACUCACCCUAAAUUCCAGAAACCCAGACAGCUGCGUGACAAGGCUGAUUUGUGCAUCAUUCAUUAUGCUGGGAAGGUGGAUUACAAAGCAGAUGAAUGGCUGAUGAAGAACAUGGAUCCACUGAAUGACAAUGUGGCCACCCUUCUGCACCAGAGUACAGACAAGUUCACAGCUGAGCUUUGGAAAGAUGAUAUCCAGAAUAUACAGGCGGUUUAUUUCUUUGACAACUACGCUGUUCUGCCACAGGGUCCUGGUGAAAUGGAUCGGAUUGUGGGCCUGGACCAAGUGAGUGGAAUGGGAGAGAUGUCUUUUGGCUCGUCAUACAAGACUAAGAAGGGGAUGUUCCGCACAGUAGGCCAGCUCUACAAAGAGUCCCUUUCCAAGCUCAUGUCUACUCUGAGAAACACCAACCCCAACUUUGUACGUUGCAUAAUCCCCAAUCACGAGAAGAAGGCUGGAAAGCUGGAGCCUCACCUUGUACUUGACCAGCUACGCUGUAAUGGUGUCCUGGAGGGCAUCCGUAUUUGCAGACAGGGCUUUCCAAAUCGCAUUGUAUUCCAAGAGUUUAGGCAAAGGUAUGAGAUUCUGACCCCAAAUGCCAUUCCCAAAGGAUUCAUGGAUGGCAAGCAAGCCUGUGCAAUAAUGAUCAAAGCUUUGGAGCUUGAUCCUAAUCUGUACCGCAUAGGACAAAGUAAAAUCUUUUUCCGUGCUGGAGUGCUCGCACACUUGGAAGAGGAAAGAGACCUGAAGAUCACCGACAUUAUUGUAUUUUUCCAAGCUGCUGCUCGAGGUUAUCUGGCCAGGAGGGCAUUUUUUAAGAAGCAACACCAGAUGAGCGCUCUGAAAGUGGUGCAGCGGAACUGUGCUGCCUACCUCAAGCUAAGACACUGGCAAUGGUGGAGGCUCUUUACCAAGGUAAAGCCAUUACUGCAAGUGACCCGUCAGGAUGAGGUCAUGCAAGCAAAGGUUGUAGAACUGCAGAAGGUGAAAGACACCCAAGUGAAGACUGAGACAGAACUGAAGGAAAUGGCCAACAAAUACCAGCAGUUAUUAGAAGAGAAAAGCAUCUUGGCUGAGCAGUUACAAGCAGAGACGGAGCUUUUUGCCGAAGCUGAGGAAAUGCGCUCCAGACUUUCAUCCAAAAAGCAGGAACUGGAAGAUAUCUUGCAUGACUUGGAGUCCCGUGUGGAAGAGGAAGAAGAACGUACCCUGCAGUUACAGAAUGAGAAGAAAAAGAUGCAUCAACAUAUCCAGGAUUUGGAAGAACAACUUGAGGAGGAAGAAGGUGCUCGACAGAAACUUCAACUGGAAAAAGUAACCACAGAGUCUAAGCUGAAGAAAAUGGAAGAAAAUAUACUUUUGCUGGAAGACCAGAAUGCCAAGCUGGCCAAGGAGAGGAAGCUGCUGGACGAACGCAUUUCAGACUUCACUUCAACUAUGGCUGAAGAAGAGGAGAAAGUGAAGAGCUUGAAUAAACUGCGUAACAAAUAUGAAGCUGUCAUUGCUGAUCUGGAAGAUCGUCUUAAAAAGGAGGAGAAAGGAAGGCAAGAGAUGGAGAAGAUGAAGAGGAAACUGGAUGGAGAAACCACUGACUUACAGGAUCAGCUUUUAGAGCUCCAGCAGCAGAUUGAAGAACUAAAGCAACAGCUGGCCCGGAAGGAAGAAGAACUCCAAGCUGCUCUUGCAAGAAUUGAUGAUGUAGUCGGACAAAAGAACAACUUGCUGAAACAACUUCGAGACUUACAGUCACAGCUUGCUGAGUUUCAUGAAGAUCUAGAGUCAGAGAAGGUUGCACGAGCGAAGGCUGAAAAGCAGCGUCGGGACCUUGGAGAGGAGUUGGAAGCUCUAAAAACAGAGCUGGAAGACACUCUUGACUCCACCGCUACACAACAAGAGCUUAGAACUAAACGGGAACAAGAGGUGACAGACCUGAAGAAAACAAUAGAAGAAGAGUCAAAAGUUCGAGAUGCCCAAGUAGCAGAAAUGCGUCAGCGACACAACCAAGUUGUGGAAGAGAUCUCUGAACAGCUGGAGCAGGCACGAAGGUUCAAGGGGAAUCUGGAGAAGGUAAAGCAGACCCUGGAGAGUGAGAACAUUGACCUCAUUAAGGAAGUCAAGAAUCUUCAAGCAACUAAACAGGAUUCAGAACAACGAAGGAAGAAGCUGGAGCAGCAGGUGUCAGAAUUUCAGAUCCGUGCCAAUGACAGUGAAAAGAUCAAGGCCGAACUGGCAGAGAAAUUGCAUAAACUGCAGGCUGAAUUAGACGGUGUGUCAGGUGCCCUAGGAUCUACGGAAAGCAAGUCAAUCAAACUAAACAAAGACCUGUCAACAGUGCAGUCCCAACUGCAGGAUACUCAAGAGUUGCUUCAGGAGGAAACAAGGCAAAAGUUGAAUUUUAGCUCUCGAGUGAGACAGCUGGAAGAGGAAAAGAAUAACAUUCUGGAGAAUCUAGAGGAAGAGGAAGCUGCUAAGGCCCAGCUAACCCGCCAGAUCCAGGCUUUGCAACAACAGCUUAUCGAGUCUAAGAAGAAAAUGGAGGACCAGGGUGGUAUGGUCGACGCUAUGGAGGAAGUCAAAAAGAAAACGUUUAAAGAAUUAGAGUCGCUCCAGCAGCGCUUUGACGAGAAAAAUCAAUCAAACGAUAAGCUAGAAAAGACAAGAAAUCGCUUGCAGCAGGAGCUGGAUGACCUGAUGGUGGAUUUGGACCAUCAACGUCAAAUAGUCUCUAAUCUGGAGAAAAAGCAGAAGAAGUUUGACCAGAUGCUAGCCGAAGAGAAAAACAUUUCUGUACGUUAUGCAGAAGAGCGGGAUCGGGCUGAGGCUGAAGCUCGUGAGAAAGAAACAAAAGCCCUGUCUCUGAGUCGGGCCCUGGAAGAAGCCAUUGACCUAAAAGAUGAGCUGGACAGGCAGAACAAACAAUUAAGAGCAGAAAUGGAUGACCUGGUUAGCUCCAAAGAUGAUGUUGGCAAGAAUGUUCAUGACCUGGAAAGGUCUAAACGAGCUUUGGAGCAGCAAGUACAGGAAAUGAAAACCCAGAUGGAGGAACUGGAGGAUGAACUUCAAGCCAUUGAAGAUGGCAAACUUCGCUUAGAGGUCAAUAUGCAAGCAAUGAAAGCUCAGUUCGAAAGAGACCUACAAAACCGUGAUGAUUCCAAUGAUGAAAAGAAGAAGCUGCUCUUUAAACAGGUACGAGAGAUGGAAGUGGAGUUGGAUGAGGAAAGGAAGCAGAAAUCUCAGAUUCUUGCUGCCAAGAAAAAGCUGGAAAUGGACCUACAAGAUAUGGAGAACCAGAUCGACUCUGCUAACAAAGGUCGAGAUGAAGCUGUUAAACAGCUGAAAAAAUUACAGCUCCAGUUCAAAGAAGUGUGGCGUGAAGUGGAGGAGACCAGGGCAGCACGCGACGAGAUAUUUGUUCAGUCUAGGGAAAACGAGAAGAAAUUGAAGAGCCUGGAGGCCGAACUGCUUCAACUGCAAGAGGACUUGGCAGCCGCCGAACGUGCAAAGAGACAAGCUCAGCAGGAAAGAGAUGACCUGGCAGAUGAGCUCUCCAAUGGAGUCAGUGGCAAGUCGGCCCUUCUGGAUGAGAAGAGAGCCCUGGAGCUGCGUAUCAGUCAGCUGGAAGAGGAGCUGGAUGAAGAGCAGAGUAAUACAGAGCUUCUGAAUGACAGAUACAGGAAGUUAACUUUGCAGGUGGAGACAAUAACCACUGAGCUCUCAGCCGAGCGAAGCUUCUCUCAGAAAGCAGAGAAUGCCCGACAACAAAUGGAGAGGCAGAAUAAAGAACUUAAGGUGAAACUGAAUGAGAUGGAUUCUACCAUGAGGUCGAAGUACAAGAUUGCCAUCGCAUCUCUUGAGGCCAAGAUUAGUCAGCUGGAAGAGCAAAUGGAGCAGGAGUCCAAGGAACGUAUCAUAGCCAAUAAGCUGGUCCGACGUGCCGAGAAGAGGCUUAAAGAGGUGUUGCUGCAGGUGGAAGAGGAAAGAAGGAAUGCAGAUCAAUUCAAGGAGCAGCUGGAGAAGGCAAAUAUACGCAUGAAGCAGCUGAAGCGCCAACUGGAGGAGGCUGAGGAAGAGGCUUCACGCGCCAAUUCCAACCGCCGCCGGCUGCAGAGAGAGCUGGAAGAUGUGACUGAAUCAGCAGAGUCCAUGAACCGGGAAGUGAGCACCCUGAGGAGCAGGCUUAGCAAAUUAGAGCGUCAGCAGCGCAAACGGGCGCCAAUCCAGUUUACCACGAGAACCAUUCGCCAGGUGUAUCAGCUGGAAGCAGUCUCCGACGAGGAACCUGAAUCUCACAGCGGAGAACCAUCUGCCAACCAUCAGCAGCAACAGCCGCCCCAGAAAGAGUAAUGAGAAGCAAAAUGGAAGUUCUAGGGAGCAGUGCUGCUCUGCCCUCCCUCAAACCCAACCACAAACUCCUCCAACGCUGAAAACCCUGGAAUGGUCAAACAAUACACAAAAGAUAUUUCAAAGAGCGACUCAUGAACACUCCACACGAGUGCACUAAUUCCUUUGUCUUCUUCUCUCAGCCCUGGAUCUCACAGAGCAUUUUAUAAGGGAUGGACUUCAUUAGUGACAUUAACACACACACACACUAUAUAGUAACUACUACAGGCAGAACUACUCAUGCAGGAACAAUAUAGGGCAAUGUAUAGGAUAUAGGAAUAUACCUGCCACCUGCCUGCUUUCCAUUAACAUGUGUACAUAUGUCCCUCACUUGCUCCCGAGUGCUUUCUCAGCAUCAUCACACUCCAGAUCCACCAAACAGGUCCUGAGCUUUAAUCCGUAUGGCUGAUUUAACCCCACCCCCUGCCCCAUAUCCACCAAAUGUUAAGAUUUCUUCAAGAAUUGAACCGAGGCAUUACUUCCAAGGGCAUCUUUUUAGGACCUCUUGGCAAAAUAUGGUAACACUUACAAUGUACGUCUAACAUUAAAUUAGUCACCCUGCCUUUUACUAAGGCAAGUUGUUAUUAGCAGAAACCAUUGAUACCAACCCCAAAUAUCGCUGAGGAACAGCAUUUCAUACAACAUUCCCAGAGAGUUAUUUUUAUAUAUACAUACUUCCACGUCAGUUUUUUUCCCAUUUAGGUCAGAAUCAUUCUUCCCAUUUCCCACCAGGCUUCAAGUGCCAGUCUAAGCUUAGUGGCACAUUAAGGGGCAGAUUUACAUAGGGUCGAAUAUCGAGGGUUAAUUAACCCUCGAUAUUCGACUGCCGAAUGUAAAUCCUUCGAAGUCGAAGGAUUUACCGCAAAUAGUUC